AUGCAACUUCUUCACGCUCCAUGUUGGCACAAUCUCCCCUUGCAGAGCUUAAACACACGACCAAAAGGAGGAUUGUCUCAUAAACUUGGAUGUGUAUCCCCACCACCACGUAAACCCUUCUGCUUCAACAAAACUAGAGCUCUUAGUUCUUCUAUUCAAGCUGGGGAUUCUGCAGUAUCAGUAAGGAGAGCUGAGAGUGAUGUGCUGAAAGCCUUGUCUCAGAUUAUUGAUCCAGACUUUGGGACUGAUAUUGUUUCUUGUGGGUUCGUGAAAGAUCUUGAUAUUGAUGAAGCUCAAGGAGAGGUUGAUUGGAACACAAGAGCCCAAGUUUCAUUUCGGUUGGAGCUCACAACACCAGCAUGUCCAGUCAAGGACAUGUUUGAGCUGAAGGCAAAUGAGGUGGUAGCCAUGCUUCCAUGGGUCAAGAAUGUCAAAGUGACGAUGUCAGCCCAACUUGCCAGACCGGUUUAUGCAGGGCAACUUCCCCAAGGGCUGCAGACAAUUUCAAAUAUUAUCGCAGUUUCAAGUUGCAAGGGAGGCGUGGGGAAAUCAACUGUAGCAGUAAAUCUUGCAUAUACUUUGGCUGGUAUGGGUGCUAGAGUAGGCAUUUUUGAUGCUGAUGUCUAUGGUCCAAGUUUACCGACGAUGGUCUCCCCUGAAAACAGAUUGCUAGAGAUGAAUCUGGAGAAGAAAACCAUCAUCCCAACUGAAUACUUGGGAGUCAAGUUGGUUUCUUUUGGAUUUGCUGGACAAGGGAGGGCAAUAAUGCGAGGGCCAAUGGUUUCUGGGGUCAUUGAUCAACUCCUGACUACCACUGAAUGGGGAGAGCUGGAUUACCUUGUUAUUGACAUGCCUCCAGGAACUGGUGAUAUACAGCUUACUUUAUGCCAGGUAGUCCCAUUAACUGCUGCUGUCAUUGUUACCACACCCCAAAAGCUAGCAUUCAUCGAUGUUGCCAAAGGAGUUCGGAUGUUUUCGAAGCUUAAGGUGCCAUGCAUUGCUGUAGUAGAGAAUAUGUGCCACUUCGAUGCAGAUGGAAAACGCUAUUACCCAUUUGGUAGAGGUUCAGAUACCAAUAUUCACAGUAGUUUGUUUACAUAUUUGCAGGUUGUCCAGCAGUUUGGAAUCCCUCAUCUGUUUGAUCUUCCAAUUAGGCCAGCUCUAUCUGCUUCUGGAGAUAGUGGAAUGCCUGAAGUGGCAGCUGAUCCUCAAGGUGAAGUGGCAAAAACGUUUCAGAACCUUGGAAUUUGUGUUGUGCAACAGUGUGCCAAGAUUCGCCAACAAGUGUCAACAGCUGUCACCUAUGAUAAAGUUAUCAAGGCAAUUAAGGUGAAGGUGCCAGAUUCAGUUGAAGAGUUCAUUUUGCAUCCUGCAACUGUGAGAAGGAAUGAUCGGUCUGCCCAAAGUGUGGAUGAAUGGACUGGAGAGCAAAAACUGCAAUAUACUGAUGUUCCAGAAGACAUUGAACCUGAAGAAAUUCGGCCUAUGGGAAACUAUGCUGUGCAAAUAACAUGGCCAGAUGGAUUUAGCCAGAUUGCUCCGUAUGAUCAGUUAGAAACAAUGGAACGAUUGGUUGAUGUUCCCGAACCAACACCUAUUGGGGCAUGA